AUGGAAAUCAUUGAUCGCAAGGGAAUGAAGAACCAGGUUGCAGAUCAUUUAUCAAGAUUAGAAAAUCCAGAAGUCGAUCGCAACCAACUGGAGACAGCAUAUAAGGUGACCACUGCGUACCAUCCACAAAAAAAUGGUCAAGCUGAAGUGUCCAACAGGGAAAUCAAGCUAAUAUUAGAGAAGGUCGUAAACACUUCACGUAAAGAUUGGGGAAGUAAGUUGGACAAUGCCUUGUGGGCAUACAGGACCGCCUAUAAGACACCUAUAGACAUGUCCCCGUAUGCACUGGUGUUCGGAAAGGUAUGUCAUUUACCACUUGAGCUGGAGCAUAAAGCAAUAUGGGCAGUGAAAAAGCUUAAUUUUGACUUAAGGGCCACAGGGGAAGCAAGGAAACUUCAGUUGGUCGAGCUUGAUGAAUGGAGAACUCACGCAUAUGAGAAUGCCAAAAUCUACAAGGAGUGA